GUAUCAAGUAAUUUUGCAACAGUCUCGAGCAAUUUUGAAAAAGCGUCGAGCACUUUCAGAACAGCAUCAAGCCGUGCUGAACAAGAUAGCAUUGUUGGAAGGUCUCUCUGAUCGCCUUCGAGAAACUUGCGAGGAUGUUCGAGCAGCUUUUGAGCAGCUUCCAAGCGUGCGCUUAAAUCCCACCUACCAUCCUCCUUCACGUAGUAGGGCCCCUAUCAAUGGAUCUUCGACUAUUUCAUUCAGGAGAGAUCUUGGAAGGAAAGGAUGUGUACUCGGAGUACUCCUUAGGAUAUAUGUUUCUUGAGAAUCUGGUAUACAACACUUGGACGCCAUGGGAUCUCCGUUCGUACAUGGCGCUUGUGGCAGCAAAAAUCAUGCGCAAAGAUCGUCUGUAUCCUACUACUUUCACAUCCAAACUUUCACUAUUAGUGAAAGGUUUCGUGAAAGCCAAUCUGCAGCUCAUUUUUCAGUAUGAUGCUAAGGAGCUGCAAUCCCUUGCUCUGAAGUUACCUGCGGAGUCUGUGGAUCUUGAAAUAUCUAGUACCGCAUUGACGUCUCAAGCACACAAUGAUGCGGGAGUCACGGAAGGUGCUCUUAUGCAACGAUCUCUGAGCGCUAUGAUCAACCUCGGCGUUGUAAAUCUAACCAGUCGCCUGACACGGAUUGGAGAGCAACCAGAGUUUUUUGGUGGAUCCGCCGAAAUUUGGAAAGCUGGGCUCACUUUCUCGAAUGCAAAGAUGACUGUCGCUGUGAAAUACCUCCGACUCUGCGUCACUCAAGUGACUAAACACUUGUAUCGAGAGAUUCGAAUCUGGCAAAGCCUGGAACAUCCUCACGUCCUUCCGCUUCUUGGUAUUUGCCACAAUAAUACCUAUGAGUCUGUCCGUGCUAGUGGUGAUCAUGCUGUUGAUCCAAUGAUGUCCAUUGGGAUUGUCUGUCCAUGGAUGGCAAAUGGCACAUUGGUCGACUUCCUGAAGCUCAGCCAGACAAAAAUGGAAAACACAGAGGAGCUUUGUCUUCGUCUUCUCAUCCAAGUAUGCUCUGGUUUGAUAUACCUCCACUCAAAAAAUAUUGUCCAUGGGGAUUUACAUGGCGGGAAUGUUCUAGUAGAUUCUGAUGGAUGUGCCCGCCUAGCUGAUUUUGGUCUAUCAGCUGUGGUUUCCGAAUGUCGAGGUACAUCCAAGACCGGUGCAGGUGGCAUAUCUUCACCUCAUGGUGGUGCCUUGCGUUGGGCCGCCCCGGAGCUUGUAGUCGUACAAGAGGGUGCCGAGCCGCACCUUCAUCCAUCUGCCGACAUAUACUCUGUCGGGGGAUUGGUUCUACAAACAUAUACAGGUGCUGUGCCUUAUUCGUAUUAUAAUGAGCCUCGUGUUCUCGGUGCAAUCAUCGCAGGCGAGAAACCAAGGCGUCCUACCAUCGAGGAGGCGAGCGUCUCGGAUGUUCUGUGGUCCGUGAUAGAAGAGUGUUGGCGGGGCAAUCCUCUCCAACGCCCAACGGCAGCUGCACUUGCAUCGCGCCUCAAAGCAAUAUAUUCAGCACUUGAAGACGAACAGGCAUAAACCGAUAUGUUUGAUAGGUGAAUCAUGUUAUAUCGAAAGAGGCGCUACCAACAUCUGUUUCCUAUUAUUACCUAUACCCCAUCCGUUCGCAUCACUUUGGUGACUCCCUUUUAUCUACUUCAUUCUUUUAGUAUGUGCCCUGUACCUACAUCCCUAUAUCACAGUUAUUCCUAUUAUG